UGAUCAUUCCUUCCUCAGCCUUCUCGUACAUUGCAUCUGCGUGCUCUUUUAUAUCCUUUCCUUUUGUAAGUAGUUACUCCGUAGUUCAUCAUGCUUGGUGUAGACAACUAUAUAGUCAAGAGCGACAACAUUAGCAAGCUCACGAAAGCUGUCAAAGACGUUUCCUUCAACGAGACCGAGGAGGACAAAUGCAACCAGAAGAGUGAGAAGCAUCGUGGACCAGAGAAGCCAGUUUACAAAGCAAAGUCGAAGUUCAACACCGAAGAUGAGCCUCUUCUUCGUGAAAAUCCACACCGAUUUGUCCUCCUUCCCAUCCAAUAUAAGGAUAUUUGGCAAAUGUACAAAAAGGCUGAAGCCUCCUUCUGGACUGCAGAGGAAGUAGAUCUUUCCAAAGAUAAAGAUGACUGGGUUAAACUUUCGGAUGAUGAAAGGUAUUUCAUCAAGCAUGUUCUUGCUUUCUUCGCUGCUAGCGAUGGCAUUGUCAAUGAAAACUUGGUUGAGUGUUUCAGCCAGGAAGUCCAGGUUCCAGAGGCAAGAUGUUUCUAUGGCUUCCAAAUAGCAAUUGAGAAUAUCCACUCUGAAAUGUACAGUCUACUGAUCGAGACUUACAUUGAGGACUCUGCUGAAAAACAGCGACUUUUCAAUGCCAUCGAGACAAUGCCUUGUGUCAUGAGAAAAGCUCAGUGGGCCCUCAACUGGAUCAACCCAGAGAGAGCAUCUUAUGGUGAGAGGAUAGUGGCUUUUGCUGCUGUGGAAGGAAUCUUUUUCUCUGGUUCAUUUGCUGCCAUUUUCUGGCUAAAAAAGAGGGGCAAGAUGCCAGGUCUAACAUUCUCGAAUGAGCUCAUAAGUCGUGACGAGGGUCUUCAUUGUGACUUUGCCUGUUUGAUGUUCUCCUACUUGGUCAACAAACCAUCAGAAAAAGUUAUCAAAUCAAUAAUCAUGGAUGCUGUCAUUAUUGAACAAGAAUUCCUUACAGAAGCCCUCCCAGUUAAACUCAUUGGCAUGAACCAUACCUUGAUGAAACAGUACAUUGAAUUUGUUGCUGACAGACUUUUAGUGGCCCUCAACUGUUCUAAGGUUUACAAUGCUAAAAACCCAUUUGACUUCAUGGAGAACAUUUCCUUGGAAGGGAAGACAAACUUCUUCGAGAAGAGAGUCGCAGAAUACCAGAAGGCAGGAGUGAUGAGCAAACAGCAGGAGAACAAAUUCACACUGGACGAAAACUUUUAACCAGUGUUUUUUUAAUCAAAAAAAGAGAAAAAUGUUUUUUCAGCUUGAACAUUAAUAACAAAUCACGCACUUACAUAAAGGUUGUAAAUACUUCAGCAGUCAUUUUUCUAUAGAUUUUGUAUUUUUACAGUUUGAUCUUAAGCAAACUCCGUAAAUAAUAUUUUACAAUGAUUUGGAUGUAAAGCUUGAAUUUUUUUAUGACAGUGUACAGAAAUAGUAUUUUUUUCCACUGAUUAUAAAUCUUUCAAUAUAUUUUUUUUAACCACAGCUGUACAGUUAUCAAGUAUUUUUUUUUCUUGUUAUGCUUUUAAUGGAAACUAAAUUAUUAAAAACUUUCUGUUGAGAGUUUAAUUUUUUUUUUGAUCAAUAAAGAAACUUGUAUGUUUUAA